UAUUUUAGGGUAAUUGUGAAGCAAAGAUGUUGUCUCCAAACUAAGCAAUAAAUCACAAGCCCUGUAUAAAUGAAUAAUACCGAGUUUUGAUCAAAUUUCGAUAUUAUUCGAAACCAAUUUUAAGACUUCAGUUAAGUAUUCCAUUCUUUGGGGUGGAAAUGCCGAGCACCGACUGCGGUAAAACCAACCGAGAAGUGACAGAACUCGCAGAACAUCUGUGUAAGCCAGAUUCAGGGGGUCAAUCUCGACUUGACGUCAAUCAAUCAUUGGCUGCUCGGCGAUGGAUAGAAGAAUGGUUUUCACCGAAAGAGAUGAGAAAUUAGCAUAAAAUUCGUACGCCUCUGACCCGCGACCCGGUUCACUUUGACCCCGGGCGAACUUUUGCUAAUAGAGCUGGCCAAGAAGUGGGAACUAAAAGGAAAUGGGGAUGCGGGGAAUAUGUCGGCAAUCGAUCAGCUGUAUGGCCUCCAAAUGGGUAUAAAAUCCCGGGUCGGUCCAUCAGUUGUCAGUCAGUUGUGAGUGAAAACUCAAAGACAACAAGUGAGUUAGGCACCCUCGAUCCCCAGUCAAGGAAACCGAUCGAUAAUCCCGUCAAGGAGAAUCCAUCUGCAGAAUGCAUUGUCUGCUACAACUGAGUCUGGCUGUGGCCCUUUGCGCCCUCUUAGCCCCAUCCGCUACCUUGGCCGAACGUCGCAAUGUGUACCGCCUGGGUGGACGCUCCUCGGACGCUCAGAUGGAAGCCCGCUUCACAUCGUCGAUUGCCAACAUGCUGACCUCGUUGAAGGGCAGCACCACAACGACCACGGUCGGCCCCACUACCUCCACCGUGCCCACCACCUCUACGGAGACUACCUCGCCAACCGCUCCAACAUCAUCCACUGGCACCUCGACGAGCACCACCACGCCCACUACCAGCUCGACGGCCACCAACAGCCGUGCCUUCCCCGCAAUUCAGGGCGAUGGUGAGGAGGACGAUGAGGAGACGCCCAGGGCCUAUGAAGAUGAAGAGGACGACGGCGACGACAGCCUGGAGGACGAGGACGAAGGCGAUGACGGCGAUGAGGAGAAUUACUAUGUGGCCGCACCGUCUGCCGGAGGCAACGGCAAUGCCGUGCAGCAGUCCUCGGAGUCCAGCUCAUUGGUCCGCCCAUCGGAAAUGCAGUGGCGCCAAUUCCAGCAGGAACAGCGCAAUCGUCGCCGAAUCCAGCGCAUCCAGCGGGAGCACAACCAGCGGAUCAGGGCCCUCCUUCGCCGUCAAAGGGAAGCCGAGAAGCGCAGCCAGCAACGAUUGCGCCGCCAGCGCCAACAGAGCCGCAGGCGCGUCUCGCAGCGCCAGCGCCGCAACAAGAACCGCUCCAAGGCUCAGCGCCAGCGCCAGAGGAAGAACAACAUGAACCGUCGCCGCCGCCAGCAGCUGCAGCGCCAGCGCCGAUAUCGCCAGCAGCAGCGUCGCCGGCUCAUCCGCCUUCUGCGCCGUCGUCGUCGUGGCGGACGUCGCAACUAAGGAGUUGAUCCCGGUCAGAUCAGAUCCCCAACCGAUCCCAGAACCCCCGAAAUAAACCGAACUUGUAUGC